UUCCAUCCAACACCAACGGCUCGUCUUGUCUGAGAGACUCUCCACUGCACGUAAUCCUCGACAAAGAGUCAAGCGUCAUUUAUAUUGGCCGAAUCCCUCAGUCUUUGGUCGUAUUAUCCGGACAACAACCCUUGAGACCCUCACAAGAGUUCCAAAUACCACACUAUUACUCAUCCGCCAUCCCGCCACUUUGUCUACUGUUUUCGUGCACCCCUUCAACGUGGUACAAUCUGGAGUGGUUUUGGACUGAGAAGGGCAGUUCGGGACGGGAGUCUACACAGGCCGAGCAUCCAAAAAUGACUCGGGCAACGUCAACAUCGGCUCCCGAACUGAGCCCCCAAUUUUGCUUCAAUGAGAGAUUGCUCCGAGAUUUCCUACGUCUAUCCAGAUCGACAAUAGACGAUUCCAUUACCCAGAACCUCAAUGCUCUGUUCACCCCAUCGCGGGAGGGCUUCGAUCCUUCUUCGACUGCUGUGCGUCAAACAGAUUCUGAAGUGGGGCGUACAAUAGACCCCGCUGCAUGUCAGAACUUCAAAGACAACGUUCUAUUCCCCUCAUGGCAGACACGAUCGGACGUGCUCAACUACUGCGCCGGCGUCGCUACAAGCCCCGACCCGGACGACCCGGAUCUUGUUCUUCGGCAGACCGAAUCUGCCAAGGAUCGAGAGCGAGUCGUCAAUGAACGUUUAGAUCCGUACUCCGGGCGAUUUUUCCCUCGCGAGGCACGAACUGAGUCCUUAGCGAAUCUUGUCCGGAAUCAGCGCAAUGUUGAGGAGAUCAUCCGUGCACGAACAUGGGGUCUCGUGACCGAAAGAUGCAAUGGCUCAUCGAUAGGCUGGGAAGAAGCGCUCAAUAGCUGGCGGGAAAGAAAGCAACGAUGAUCGCAGACAGGAAGAGCUGAUACCAAUAGCUUUUCCAACCUUGGGAA